AUGACUUACAAGCGGCUGAUGCUCCUACAUAAGAAAAGAAAAAACAAACAAAUGAAGACUGAAAUCGAGAUAAGAAACGUACCCGAUACAGAGAUCAACCAAGAGCAAAAAAACAAAGAAGAAGAGAAAAGAUUGAAGUCGGCGCUUGAAGGUGAGGAAGAAGGAAGCGAUUGUUUCGUUUUUUUUGGAUCAUACGACGUCAGUUAUUCAAACGGGCUUAUAAAUAUUUCUAUGGGCCGGGUUUCUUAUCGAUUUGUAAUUUACAAAACUAAAUUUAUUCCGGUGAUGAACGAGGAUUUUCUGACGAAAGUGACUUGGGGACUUGGGGUUGUCCAAGCCCUUGAAUCGUAUGUUGGUCUUUGGCUUCUUUGUUCAAGUCAUCAGCUCGUCACUAGGUCGCCAGCUCGUCACCAAGUAAUCAGUUCGUUGCCAAGGCAUUCAGCCCGUUCUCCAGCCGUCCAGCUCGUAGUGAGUCGACUUUAGUUGAAGCUCGUGAUCUCGUGAUUGAUUCUUCACCUUCCCUAAACAUUCCACUCGUACUUGUUUGAUUUGUGUAUCAACAUUGCCCAUGCCUUCGCCCAUUCCUUCUCACUACGUCUAACUCUAUUUUAUGUGAAAGCAACAAAGUUCAAGCUCCUUCCUUUGCUCAUUUGAAAACCACCAAAACACCCAAACCCAUCACGGAAACAUUUG